CAAAUAGUAGAAAUUGGCCAAUAGACAGAUAACAUGCCAGAGGAGUUAGCUGGCCGAGGAGAACAGUUUGCGUCCUAUUUUAGUCUGUCGAGCCAGUUGGCCGAAUUCCACUAUUUUCUCUAGCGACAAAUGGGGACUGGGAGAGGCAAAAGAAGGCUUCUAAAAAUCACCAGCUUUGACGCAACAGGUCAUAAGGUUACCACCGGGCAUUGUCUAUUUAACUGUACCAAGGACACAUCCAAGAUGGCGUCCAAGUAUUUUGACCUGACUGGUGACAUCGUCGAGUUUACACGGGCCCACUGUCCCAUUGUGUUGUCAGCUGUCGUCGGAGGCGUUGGCCUGUACUUCUUGAGGAGGUACUUUGCGGGCGGUCUCUGCCGCAGUCCCGCCAGACUCGAUGGCAAAACCGUCAUCAUCACAGGAGCCAAUACGGGCAUCGGGAAAGAAACAGCACGUGACCUGGCCGCUAGGGGGGCCCGGGUGAUCCUGGCUUGCAGAGAUCUCACAAAAGCAAAAACUGCGGCAGCCGAGAUCCGAAAAUCUACCGGAAACGGAAAUAUCGUCAUCGAACAACUCGACCUGGCCUCCCUCGCCUCGGUCCGAACAUUCGCGACGAUCAUCAACGAGAGAGAGCCGAAUGUGAACAUCCUUGUUAACAACGCAGGAGUCAUGAUGUGUCCACAGUGGAAGACAGAAGACGGUUUUGAGAUGCAGUUCGGCACGAACCACCUGGGUCACUUCCUCCUCACCAACCUGCUGCUGGACAAGCUCAAGAAGUCCGCGCCCAGCCGGGUCGUCAUUGUCUCCGCCCGCUUGUAUGAUGGCGGAAAGAUCAACUUUGACGACAUCAAUGCCGAAAGGUCGUACAGUCCUUUUGGAGCGUACUGUCAGUCCAAGUUAGCAAACGUACUGUUCAUGAGAGAGCUGGCACAAAGACUGGAAGGAACUGGUGUAACGGCGAACGCCCUCCACCCCGGCGUCAUGAACACAGAACUAGGUCGGCACGUUUUCACCACGUACGGCUGGAGAGCUCUGCUGAUGGCACCCGUCGUCGCCAUCUAUUACCUGUUCUGGAAGAGCGUGAAACAGGGAGCACAGACCACCAUACACCUUGCCGUGGAUAAAGAACUUGAAACGACGUCCGGGCUGUACUUCAGUGACUGCAUGCCCUGUGACCUGUACCCCGUGGGUAAGGACGAGGCGACCGCAAAAAGACUCUGGCAGCUCAGCGAGGAGAUGGUGGGCCUGAAGGAGUGACGUCAUUUCGCCCAUUACAC